UGUGCUCGCCCUGCCGACCGCGGCGCGCCGUGGGCUCCGAGGCGGCCGGCCGGGAUGCUGAAGGCCAAGAUCCUCUUCGUGGGGCCCUGCGAGAGUGGGAAAACAGUCUUGGCCAACUUCCUGACGGAGUCCUCUGACAUCGCCGAGUACAAUCCAACCCAGGGAGUGAGGAUCGUGGAGUUUGAGGACCCACAGCUCACCAGCAACAGCCAAGGCGAGGGCUGUGAAUUCGAGCUCUGGGAUUGUGGCGGUGACACAAAGUUCGAGGCCUGCUGGCCGGCCCUGAUGAAGGACGCCCAGGGCGUGGUGAUCGUCUUCAACGCCGACGUCCCGAGCCACCUGCAGGAGAUCGAGAUGUGGCAUUCGUGCUUCGUGCAGCAGCAGCUCCUGCAGGACACGCAGUGCCUGCUGAUCGCACACCACAAGCCGGGCUCUGCGGCCCAGAAGGGAAGCCUGCCCCUGGCGCCGCCCUUGAGCAAGCUGAAGCUGGUGCACUCAAAUCUCGAGGAGGACCCGGAAGGGACCCGGGCGGAGUUCAUCAAGUACCUGAAGACCAUCAUCAGCUCGGUGUCCGAGAACAGGGACCGCGAGGAGCUGUCCAUCAUCACGUGACCGGCCGGUUUCAGUCCCCGCUGGUCCACUUGGUGCCAGCUCUCUGCUGUGGCCUGGGAAAGCAGUGGAAGAUGGCCCCAAGUCCUUGGGCCCUGCACUCACAUGGGAGACCUGGAAGAAGCUCCUGGCUCCUGCCUUCGGAUCUGCACAGCUCUGGCUGUUGUCUUGGGGAGUGAACCAGAGGAUGGAAGACCUCUCUCUCUCUCUCUCUCUCUCUCUCUCUCUCUCUCUGUAACUGUGCCUUUCAAAUA